AUGUCUAGCAACGCUAUCUUGGCAUUGGUCUCUGACCAAAACAGCCCAGAUAAUAACAGGCGUACUGCAGCAGAGCUUCAAUUCAACAAAUUAGUCAAUGAAAGUGCCAAUCAGGUUGCUUUUGAGCUCAUCCAAGGCGCGUGUUCUGGAAGUGACAGAAUCGAUAUCAGACAGGCGUGUCUUUUGCAUUUGAAGCGAUUGGUGCCGAAAUACUGGUCGAUGGGGUUUUCGCUGUUUGUGGGACCACCAAUUGACCAGAAACUCAAGGAGGAUAUCCGUGGAUCCUUGAUCCGCUUGGUUUCUUCAGACACCAGUUCCAAAAUCAGAUCCGGUGCUGCUUACGUGAUUGUGCAAAUUGCAGCUGCCGACUACCCGGACGAAUGGCCUGAUUUGUUUGUUCGCUUGUACGACUUGGCCCGUGAUUUGACCAACCACACGGCCGUAAUUGGCAGUUUAUCCGUGUUGACCGACUUGUUCGAUGAUCUUAUUACGGAGGAGCAAUUCUGGGAAGGUGGCGUCGGUGCACAGCUUCUUUCGUAUAUUACGAACUUGUUGAGCCAGGAAUCCUUGCCUGCUUCUAUCAAGACCAGUGCUCUUAAGUUGUACCUCACCGUUUACAAUACAUUGCUGAGUGCCGAGGCCGUGGAAUCGCCAGAACGCAAGUCAGCCGUCACUGAGCACAUAGCGCAGAUGUUUGUUCUCACUGGCCAGCUACUACAGCAGCUGAAUGCUGCCACGGCGAAUUCUGUGGAUCUUGCUGAAAUCUACCUCAGAACUCACAUUUACAAGGUGAUUGCCAACAUCUUGAGCACGUACAGAAAGCGCGUCAGCAAAGACGUGGUGAGAGACGUGCUUCGACUCUUGCUUCAGGACCUUACGUUCUCCUCUAAUGCCUACAAGGUCUUCGGUGUGGAUGGUGAAAAUGCUCCUUUCGUGAAGUCUGAGGAUUUGGACGACCCUGCUCGUGCCUUGACAAACAACAUUGCCGAGCUUUUGCCCACAUUGGCUCUUAUCCAGGAGUUCAUUCCUCUCACGCUGAAUUUCCCCGUUGAAGUGUUUGAAGAACUCACACGCAGCAUUGUUCAAUGUUCUGUUUUGCUGGAGGAAAACGCCGAAGAGUACCUCGCUGACUUCAAUCUCUAUGUGACUGAAAUAACUGGCCUUUUGGGUGCUAUUACCGUCAGGGAUGCCGUGAGAGACUACGUCAUGGACCUCGGCGAUAAUGAUGCCUCUCAGUUGUUCAAUUUUAUCAAAGCCCAGGCCGUGGAUCUGUCACUUGACUGGAAAGCCCGCGAGGCUUACUUAUUAAUUGCAGAAUCGUGUUUCCUGAACGAGCAGGCUGACUCAAUUGGAGCAGAUCUCCCCUUGUCACAAUACCUUUCCAGCAUCAACGCACUGAUCGACUCAAAGGCUCACCCGCUCUUGCUCUCAAGAAUCUUCAUUCUUCUUCCGAAGUUCAUAGAGAAGUUUGCCGACAAGCUUUCGGUGAAUGACUUUGGCGCUGCUCAGUUUAAAAAUACCUACGCGUUUGCUGCUUCCUUGACGGACGAUGAUUACAAGAUCGUGCAAGCAAGUACACUAGUUGCUGCUACUUUCUGGAAACAAGUUCCUGAUUUUGACUUAUCAUUGAUGGGACCUGAGCUGCAGAGACAGAUUGUUCAACUCGCUUACGGUUUACUUGAGGAUAGCGAGGAAGACACCCCACCAGUCAUAAUGGAGGCCAUCUCUGUGGCUAUCGACGUUGAUCAACGCAAUGCAUUUAAUCUCAAGAUCAGCGAUAGCCACUCCAUAAUAGACAUCAUCAUCCAGGCUGCUUUCAAAGAUCCAGCCAACAUUCAGCUUACGAUAGAUUCGGCCGAGUGUCUUGAGACAUUGUUGAAGUCAGUCACCAUGACCGAGUACCUUCAAGUAUGCGACAGGCUGCUUCCAUUUGUGAUCCGCAUCAUUGACGAGGCGGCCUCCUCAGAAGCCGUUGAGUAUUCACCAACCCUCAAUUUGGCCCUCGAACUUUUGGGUAACAUCUUACUGGCUGCUCCCUCCCAGACUGAGCAGGCCAAUACGUUUCCAAAGGAGGUGUUCGAUUUUGCAUUCCCUGUUCUUAGAAAACUCAUACUUAGAGCCAGUGAUGACCAGAUUCUUCAAAGUGCUGCUGAAGUGUUUAACAAUCUCUUGCAGAAAGCACCCACAUAUUUCGUGGAGUACAAUGAUACCACCACCAACGAGUCUGGUAUGAAUAUCCUUGUCGCUGUCGCUGGUAAGUUCUUGUCACCAGAGCUCUCUGAUAGUGCAGCCAUGAAUUGUGGUCUCAUCGUUGCAUCGUUGUUUGAAAACUUCCAGUCGUAUCUUGACAACGACUUCUUCUAUCAAAGAUUGGUUAUUGCCAAGGCUGUCGUGACGAUCGAAAACCUCAUCAUGGUCUUCUGUAAACUUGUGCUCAACGCCUCGCCAGAAAACUUGAUCAAUGCCCUUACUGCAGUUGAGGUGGUGAUGCCGGAGACUCAGCAGCAGCGCAGCGGCCUAGAGGCUGUUUUACCGAUCUGGUUCAGUGCAUUCGAGGUUACUAGAGGCUACGAGAAGAUCCAACAGAAUGUUCUUGCGUUGGGCAAAUUAUACUCGAUAAACGACACUCGUGUUUCUUCUAUGAUUGUCGAUGGCGACAUUAUCCCAUACGAAGGCGACUUGAUCAUCACCAGAUCAAGGGCAAAGACCAUGCCACAGAAGUACACGCAGAUUCCAGCUCCUGUGAAGAUCUUGAAGUUACUUGCCAACGAGCUUGGAUUUCAGUGUCAACAGCCUAAUGCCGAGGAUUACAAUCUAGACAAGCAAGAGGAUGAAGGAGACGAGGGCGAUGCAGGCGAUUGGGAAGAUCUCGACGACAUUGGAGUCCCUACGUACGACAAGUUGAAGUCGUAUGUGGAUUCUGAUAACGAAGAAGAGGACGAUGCUGCUCCUGUAGGAGACCAGACCGUGAAGGAGAUGUUGCUUCAAUUCUUCAAGGAAUGUGUUUCCAAGAACUUGGGCAACUUCCAGCAGUACUACGAAGCCCUCGAUGAUGACGAAAAGAAGAUUCUCACUGAAAACAUUGUGUUUUAA